AUGAAUAUUGGUAUGUGGAGUCAAGAAAUGUUUUAGUCCGAAUCACCGGGAAAUCCAACAACAAUAGUGAAUCCUUCUUGAUUAAUGCACAUUAUGGUACUUGAUAUCUCGACAAUAUUACAGUUUGCUAAUACACAUUUGCUCUAUAGACAGUGUUUCUACUAGUCAUGGUGUAACAGACAAUGGUAUGGGCACAGCAGUUGCCCUAGAACUGUUGCGAUACUUUGUGAGAAAUCCUCCUGAGAACACGGUUAUUUUUCUGUUUAAUAACUUUGAAGAGGGUGGGCUUAUUGGUGGAGAAGUGUUUGCUUUACAUCCAUGGUUUUCUACCAUCAAGAUAUUUGUUAACCUGGAAGGCGCAGGCGCGGGAGGACGUGCGUUGCUUUUGAGAGGUAAUAGUCUAGCCGCGGUUCAUGGCUUGGCUUCAUCAAACGCCCAGUUGCUACAUGCAUCACCCCUUGGAAACGACUUUCUUCAGGCAAGUUUACUUAAGAGUGAUACAGAUUAUACUAUAUUCACAAAGCACGGCGUACCUGGCUUGGAUAUUGCAUUCUACACUCCAAGAUCUCACUAUCACACUCAAAGGGAUGAUCUUGUCCAUACUACACCCCAGGCUCUACAGCACAUGGGACAGAUGGCUCUCGGGUCUGUGCUCAGCAUUGAUAAAGACAUGAAGGCAAUAAAGGCAUCUGAACCAGUCAUCUAUUACGACAUCCUCGGUCGUUUUAUGCUUGCCUACAGCUUCAAGACAAGCCAGUUCAUCAAUAUUAUAUCCCUCAUCCUUAUUCCUGUCGGUGCACUCACUUGGCUUUGGUUGUCCGCUCGAGAAUCCCUGAGUAUAGAGCAGAAAAAGCAAAGCUUGAAGCGCAACGCUUUGAUCAUGCUUCAAGGUUUUAUUGCCGCUGCUGUUGCAUUUGUCUUUAUAGUUCUCUUUGUCUUGGUUGCAUCUCUUAUCAUGCUUUUCGUUAACCCAUCUGCAACCUAUGGGAACAUCUACUGGGUCAGCAUUUACUUGGCCGUCGCCGCUUUUCUCGGUUUAGUCACCUCACAGAUCGCUCUUGCGAGAUGGUCAAAGAGAGUAGCUAUUAGUCUCGAAAACAUCAGAGUCGGAUUCUAUGGUUUGACUGUCUUUUGGUGGUUAUGUCUGGUGAUUGCUAUUUAUUUUAGCAGUCAAAAGGUUGCUGGCACAUAUCCUGCCAUCUAUCUUUUCCUCAGCAGUACUUUGGCCACAGCUAUUCUGGUCUACCUGACGCCUUUAACGGAAGGAGAACAGCAAGAGCCUCAGAAGGGCACCAAAUUGUGGUAUAUUGUAUUUUUGGCUCAAGUUUUAUUACCAGUUACCCUUAUGACUGAAAUUUUGCUGUUCAUCAUGGACUGUAUGCGUCAUACUACAGCAGAUGGCACUCCUGAGCCAACAAGUAAGUUACCAUAAAAAAAAAAGACUAACCAACUUAACCUGUGUAUCAUUUUAGUCUAUCUCUUGAUGUCUAUACCUAUUAUAUUGAUUAUACUGCACUUAUUACCUUGGGUUCAUGCAGCUGGCGAACUAAAGAAGACAGCCUCGAUUGUGUGCAGUAUCCUUUUGAUCGUCUUUUUGUUGUGUGCCAUUUUUAGCCCAUUUAAUAUCGAUAUAUCGCCCAAUCGAAUCGUUUUCAAUCAAGAGUAUAAUGCUACUGAAGGUGCACUCUCUACUGUCACACUUUUAACAGGCGUGUCUUCUUCCAAGAUCUUGGUAAAGACAUUAAAACAGGCAUUAACCAGCACAGAGUUUGAUACUUUAAGCUGUGAACGUUAUAUGGGCUAUCAAACUCGCUGUCAAUAUCAAACAUCUCUCAACCCAGCAUAUGCUCAAGAUUCGGAUAAAGAGUUCAAGCUGGAAGUGA